AUGACUCAAUCUCCGCUUCUUCGUCUUCCGGGCGAGCUCCGUAACAAGAUCUUCGCUUACGCCGUGGGAGGCUACAUCAUCACCGCUAAGAGGCCAAUUCUACACGAACCAAGCGAUGAUGAAGCUGAUUGGUAUUGCCCUCGAUUUGAAGACGACUCCGACAACCGACUUAAGUUUUGUCUCACCACCACGGUUCAGCCGCAAGUCCCCAGAGAACCGGAUGCUAUUAGCUACCACAGUGAUUACUACAUCAACGACUGUGUCCCAUGGGACCCUUUUCUCGAAGGCAAAACUUCCACCAGCGUUUCUCGUAUCUUUACUGUCGGCUACGUAUGUCGUCAGAUCUAUACAGAGACAGCACUCCUCCAGUACAAGACCAACUACUUCCACUUCGACACUCCUGUAUUCAUCGACCUCUUCCUCAUGCAACUCACCUUCGAUCAACGCCGUGCUAUCCCCGCUAUCUCUAUUGGCGAUGGAUACCUAGUUCAGGAAGAUUGGUGCUAUCAGGCCGUUACACCAGGAUCGCUUCGACAGUUUUCUAGACUGAGGAAGAUCUACCUGGUACCAGAGAUUAUGGGGUGGACUGACGCUCUCACGCCUCGCGACAAGCUCGUCAAGAUGGCGAGGAAACUGCGCCUUGAUGUCACGGAGAACGCGGGUCUUUGGAUUGGUCUCUUCGAUGUUUUCGAUGAGACUGCCGUCUUACAGGAUGCCUUUGGAAUCACCAUCAAGUCUGCCGCUGGUGAAGCAUAA